UGACAGCAAAUCGUAGCAGGCUACUUGUGGAUUUGCUCCUGGUGACGAUAUUUUUUUCAUAAUUCCAUCGUAGUUCACAUUGAUUUUAAUGCAACAGAGCGAUUCACUUCAUUCUUCAGCUGAUUGUCGAAUAAAGCAGUUGAGUUUUUGGUAGUGUGACGGUGAUGAAAAUUUCCUAAAACUUGAACAAUACUGUACACUGUUUUGUAAGAUAGCCUGACAGGAACAGGGCACAUAUUUUCUGUGAUCGAAGCUUGUGGAAGCCGGUUUGAGCAUAAUCACAAUGUCCUCUUCGAUCGUUUGUCUGGCUGCCCGGUUGGAAAUCAUGGAGGAGCGGAUUGGGUCAUUGGAGCGGGAGGUGAAAUUAAGUAACCUAAAGCUAUCCCGAAUAGAAGAAAAGUUGAAAGAGCAGACACGGCAAUUGUCGAUGUUGAUCGACCAAAAAGUGUUGAACGAGCCACAAAAACAGGAGCAGGUGCCGCAGCCGAUAGAGGAAACAGAAAAGGAUAAGGAUGACGAGCAAAUCCCGGUUCUGCCAGUAAGAACCGUAACAGACCUUUAUAUAUUGAACCGUAGAUGUGCCAUAAAUGAAGCGUUUUUACAGCAAAUGGCGGAAAAAUUACAACAGAUUGUGUUCGCAUCGGAAAAGAGAAACCGGAACGCCAGACGAGUGAUGGAGACGCUCGUCACGUACGACGUUCUAUGCCAAUUUAAUUGGACUGGAAGAAAUGCCAAAAAUUACCUAGCCACAACCAAGAACAGGUUUGCAAACCUGCAUGGCAUUAUCGCUCUGCUAGUCAAAGCCCUCAGUUUUGGGCUUAAUGCAGAGCAGACGGAGCAGGAGCGAUCAUCCAUUACCAACAGUGUUCGCAAUGCCGUGAACAAAUCAUCGCAAAACAAGAAGCGAUUCUGCCAGACACGAAAUGAAUGAAAGCUCCUGUAGGGAGGUGGACGUCGUACGUGACGAGCGUCUCCAUCACUCGGCUCACGUUCCGGGCUCUCGUUUGCGAUGCGACCACCUCCUGUUGUAAUUCUUGGCGCUGCCUCAUGCUCAUGAUGUUCCUGCUCGUCUUCCUGAUCCUCAUCUGUUUCCUCUAUCGCGUUGUGCUCUUCGCUGCUCAGCUGCGGCACAUGCUCCUGAACCUCAUCUUCAUUCGCCGAAUGCCGUUCCGCAUCGGGUUGUCGAGCAGCUACUGUUUGUUCGAUUAACAUCGACAAUAGCCGUGUCUGCUCGUCCUAUUUUUGCUCCAUUCUGGAUAGCCGCGGGUGAGACAAUCUGCUCGCCCGAUAGCCCUAUUGCAACCUUGCACCUCGGUACACACUUAGCACGCGGUAUGGUGAGCGUGACCGAACCCUCGACCCCUCAGCUUCAAUCAGCGAUAGCCUAACUAACUAGGCGAUUUCAGGGUUCCGGGGCUGUUCAGACAAGAUGAUCAAGAAGCAAAGAAGAUGAUAAAAUUUGUAAAAUAAAAUAUGAUCUAGGGGUAACGCGGUUCCUUUCUAGCGA